CCUCUACCAUGGCGUCACUGCUGCCUCCGGAGAGACCCUUCCUGACCCACUGGACCCCACCUGCUCCCUCUGCACCUGCCAGGAAGGUUCCAUGCGCUGCCAGAAGAAGCCAUGUCCCCCUGCUCUCUGCCCCCACCCCUCUCCAGGCCCCUGCUUCUGCCCUGUUUGCCACAGCUGCGUCACUCAGGGUCAGGAGUACCAGGAUGGGGAGGAGUUUGAGGGACCAGCAGGCAGCUGUGAGCGGUGUCGCUGUCAGGCUGGCCAAGUCAGCUGUGUGCGGCUGCGGUGCCCACCCCUUCCCUGCCAGCUCCAGGUCACCGAGCAGGGGAGCUGCUGCCCUCGCUGCAGAGGCUGCCUGGCUUAUGGGGAAGAACACCCUGAAGGCAGUAGCUGGGUGCCUCCUGACAGUCCCUGCUCCUCCUGCGUGUGUCACGAGGGCAUCAUCACCUGUGCACGCGUCCAGUGCAUCAGCUCCUGUGCCCAACCCCACCAGGGGCCCCAUGACUGCUGCCCUCGAUGCUCUGACUGUGAACAUGAGGGCCGGAAGUACGAGCCCGGGGAGAGCUUCCAGCCUGGGGCAGAUCCCUGUGAAGUGUGCAUCUGUGAGCCACAGCCUGAGGGGCCUCCCAGCCUUCGCUGUCACCGGCGGCAGUGCCCCAGCCUGGUGGGCUGCCCCCCCAGCCAGCUCCUGUCUCCUGGGCCCCAGCACUGCUGUCCCACCUGUGCCCAGGCUUUGAGUAACUGUUCAGAGGGCCUGCUGGGAUCUGAGCUGGCCCCACCAGACCCCUGCUACAUAUGCCAGUGCCAGGCCUGUCCUGAGCUCAGCUGUCCCCUCUCAGAGCGCCACACUCCUCCUGGGAGCUGCUGCCCCGUGUGCCAGGAAUGUGUGGUGGAAGCCGAGGGCCGGAGAAUGGCAGAUGGAGAGAGCUGGCGGGACCCCAGCAAUGCCUGCAUUGCCUGCACGUGCCGAGGGGGCCAUGUGGAGUGCCACCUCGAGGAGUGCCAGGCCCUCUCCUGCCCCCAUGGCUGGGCGAAGGUGCCCCAGGCUGGCAGCUGCUGUGAGCGAUGCCAAGCUCCCACCCAGUCCUGUGUGCACCAGGGCCGUGAGGUGGCCUCUGGAGAGCACUGGACCGUGGAUGCCUGCACCAGCUGCUCUUGCAUGGCAGGCACCGUGCAUUGCCAGAGCCAGCGCUGCUCACCGCUCUCGUGUGGCCCCGACAAGGCCCCUGCCCUGAGUCCUGGCAGCUGCUGCCCCCACUGCCUGCCUCGGCCCGCUUCCUGCAUGGCCUUUGGAGACCCCCAUUACCGCACCUUCGACGGCCGCCUGCUGCACUUCCAGGGCAGUUGCAGCUAUGUGCUGGCCAAGGACUGCCACGGCAGGGACUUCAGUGUGCAUGUGACCAACGAUGAUCGGGGCCGGCGUGGCGUGGCCUGGACCCAGGAGGUGGCAGUGCUGCUGGGAGAUUUGGCUGUGCGGCUGCUGCAGGGCGGGGCAGUCACGGUGGAUGGGCGCCCGGUGGCCUUGCCCUUCUUGCAGGAGCCGCUGCUGUACGUGGAGCUGCGAGGUCGCACCGUGAUCCUGCACGCCCAGCUGGGGCUCCAGGUGCUGUGGGAUGGGCAGUCCCAGGUAGAGGUGAGCGUACCUGGCUCCUACCAGGGCCGGACUUGUGGACUCUGUGGGAACUUCAACGGCUUCGCCCAGGAUGAUCUACAGGGCCCUGAGGGGCGGCUCCUGCCCACAGAGGCUGCAUUUGGGAACAGCUGGCAGGUCUCAGAGGGAAUGGGGCCUGGCCAGCCCUGUUCUGCAGGCCGAGAGGUGGAUCCAUGCCGGGCAGCAGGCUACCGUGUCAGGCGUGAGGCCAAUGCCCGGUGUGGGGUGCUGAAGUCCUCUCCAUUCAGUCGCUGCCAUGCUGUGGUGCCACCAGAGCCCUUCUUUGCCGCCUGUGUUUAUGACCUCUGUGCCUGUGGCCCUGGCUCCUCUGCUGAUGCCUGCCUCUGUGAUGCCCUGGAAGCCUACGCCAGUCACUGUCGCCAGGCAGGAGUAGCACCUACCUGGCGAGGCCCCACACUGUGCGUGGUGAGCUGCCCCCUGGACCGUGGCUUCGUGUUCGAUGAGUGUGGCCCGCCCUGUCCCCGCACCUGCUUCAAUCAGCAUAUCCCCCUGGGGGAGCUGGCAGCCCACUGCGUGAGGCCCUGCGUGCCCAGUUGCCAGUGCCCAGCAGGCCUGGUGGAGCAUGAGGCCCACUGCAUCCCACCCGAGGCCUGCCCCCAAGUCCUGCUCACCGGUGCUCUGCCCAGCCGAAGCUGGGAGCCCCAGGAGACAUCCUGAGCCAGGACAGGGCCUGACCAGGGUUCACCACGCCCAGAGUCUCCCCUUGGCAAGCAGCUCCCACCCUGGUCAAGGCUGAGGAGAGAAGGCCUGCCUGAACACUGGAGCUUGGGCCCUUGCCCUGCAAAGACCCCCGCUGUGUUGAGUCACAAGCAGUAAACUCUAGGCCUGCCGAAAGCU